UAGCAAUAUAUAGCUAUAUAUAUAUUCCUUCCAUUUUCUCUCUUCAAAUCAGAACCCCUUUGGCCGUGCAAGAGAACUACUGCCAUUUUGUACAUUUCCUUUCCUAGUAUGGAAAUGUAAAAUCCCAAACACACACACAACACACACUCAAACUCUCACUCAAAAAAAAACGCACGUUCACUAAAAACUGCAUAUUGCUAAAAAUAGCUUUAAAAAAAAAAAAAAAAAACAUGGAUGCUGCAAAGCAUACGGCGUCGUCGGAGAAUUGCGGCGACGCCUCAUUAUUCUCAUUCCCGCCAUCCACGUCAGCACUCUCCCAAUCCGCGGCGGCGCCGAAGCAGAAGCGGAAUCGGGAGGCUGCGACGGCGGCGCCGGCGGGAAUGAGCAGCAAGCACCCGGUCUACCGCGGCGUGCGGAUGCGGAAUUGGGGGAAGUGGGUGUCGGAGAUCAGGGAGCCGCGGAAGAAGUCGAGGAUCUGGCUGGGGACGUUCCCGACGCCGGAGAUGGCGGCGCGUGCGCACGACGUGGCGGCGCUGAGCAUCAAGGGCGCCGCCGCGACGCUCAAUUUCCCCGAGCUGGCGGCGGCGCUGCCGCGGCCGGCCUCGCUCAGCCCGCGCGACGUGCAGGCCGCGGCGGCGAAGGCGGCGGCGAUGGAGAAUUUCGCCGUCCUGUCGCCGCCGUCGUCGUCGAGCGCGUGCUCGCCGUCGUCGUCGUCUUCGGUCGACAACCUGUCGGCGGCGUCGGCGGAGCUGAGCGAGAUCGUCGAGCUGCCCAGCCUCGGGUCGUGCUUCGACGCGGUGGAGCCGCGCAACGACUUCGUCUACGUCGACUACGCCGCCGCGCUCGAGGGGUGGCUCGACGCGCCGCCGCAGUGGAGCGCCGACGACGGUGGGGUUUCCGGACUCUUUUCGUUGUGGGAUUACUAAAAAAACAAUUAAGUGUUUUUUUUUUCCUUUUCCUUUUUUUUCACGUGGAUUUUUUUUUAUGAGUUCGAUUUCUAAAUUCAUGUGUAGUUUUUUUUUUUUUUUUUUUUGUGUUUGCUUCAUCAUGGAAAUUAGGUCAGCCCCUUUUCGUUUUUAGAUUUAAGGGCUAAAUAUUUCCUUUCCUUUUUUUUCUUUUUUUUUUAAUCUUUUCUUGUACAGAGUUAGACGAACCUCAUAAAUUCUUCACAGUUCUCUCUCUCUCAUCUCUCUCUCUCUCUCUCUCUAUGAAAUGCAAAUAGCAAUGGAGAAAAUUACUGUAGAAAUAUUCUACUUUUAAAGUUUUACUAAAAGAAGAGGAAUUCUUGAUUCUUGUAGUUGUGUGACAAAUUUGAGCCAAUUUUACUAAAAAUUUCGAAUUAUAGUAUAAUAGUAAAUAAAUAUUGCACGCAAUAAAAUUGGUCAGGUGUAAUAUUUACGGCGCAAUUAAAUAUUUAUGGGCAAUAAGCAUUUCCCAUCUUAUCAAAACUGGAGGUGGUUGGUUGGGAAGAGUUAAAUAUAUCUAUAUAUCAAUCAAAUAUAUUGCAAAUACUUUAUUUAAUUUUAUUCCUUCUUUUUGACUGGUUGGAGUUUGAUCAAUGAAUGGAGAAUCUAAGAAACUGACAAUUUUUUCCAAUAAGGGCAAACAGUAUCCUCAUCGUUUUCCUCUAAUUUCUUUUUACCAUUUUCGUAAUUUUAUAAAAACAAAAAACAAAAAGCUGCUAAAAAUGAACAAGCUUUUGACAUUGAUUUUUUUUCCCUAUCACCUUUUUAAAUUUUGGCUUUAUAUACAGCUCACUUGAAUUUGGAAAUUUCUUCACCAUUUGUCGAAUUUGAGAUGAAUUUAUUUGUCACUAUUGGUAACAAAACGUUACACGUUCUAUAAGUAGAAAUGGAAUUUAGCUCGAGUCCCUUUCAAAUAUUACUACCGGAAAAAGGAGAGCCAUUUUUUUUAUAUAUAAAUAAUUUAUGUGCUUUUCUAUUAGUUUGAGAUAGUGUGUGUGGGUUUUGUUUUGAGAAAUUAAAGAUUUGUACACGUUUUCUAAUUUUCGAGAAAAGGGCUUGUG